AUGGAGCCGCUACACCUUGUUCUCAUCCCCCGCCAGGCGAGCGUAAACCAAAGCAACGAUCAAAACAUCGGCUCUGCCAGGGGAGAAGACUCCCCGUCCUUGUCUGGUCUCAUAUCAACUCUCGUCCCGACUCUGCUCAUCGCCAUCGCCUAUUUCGUCAUCUUUAUUCUUCUACGAACUCGAUUCCCACGCCAAUACGCCCCACGAACUUAUCUGGGUUCGUUGAGACCUCAAGAGCGAACUCCCGCUGCUCCAACCACCCUAUUCGGAUGGAUUCCAUUCAUGAGAAAGAUCCCUGACGAGUAUGUUCUUCAACACAACUCGCUUGAUGGCUAUUUCCUUCUUCGAUAUCUCAAAUUAUCAAUCGUCAUCUGUUUCGUUGGUUGCUGCCUCACCUGGCCCAUUCUAUUUCCUGUCAAUGCCACCGGGGGUGGUGGCCAGCAACAACUCAACAUCUUGAGCUUUGCCAAUAUUGAGGACAAAAAUCGCUAUUACGCCCAUACCUUUGUUGCCUGGAUCUACAUCGGCUUCAUCUUCUUCUUGGUCACCAGAGAGUCCAUAUACUACAUCAAUCUUCGCCAAGCCUACCUACUCUCACCACUCUACGCCUCCCGUAUUUCUUCCCGUACCGUCUUGUUUCAAGCGGUUCCCAUCGAGUACGCCAAUGAGACCCGAAUCCGUCGCCUUUUCGGUGACGAGCUCAAGAAUGUCUGGAUCGCCUCGGAGGCGAAGAAGCUGGAAGACAUGGUCGACGAGAGGAUGAAGAUUUGCCUCAAGCUUGAAGGUGCCGAAACCAAACUCAUCAUGCUAGCAAACGAUGCACGCUUGAAGUCUAUCAAGGGGAACCCUGGCCAAGAAGCCCCCGAGACCAAUAUGGACGCGGAAGAUGACUACAGUGCUGAUUCUGGAUCUGCUGCGGCGCGGUGGGUUCGACCUAGCGACCGGCCUACCCAUCGCUUGAAGCCAGUGAUUGGCAAGAAGGUAGACACGAUCAAUUGGUGUCGAGAGGAAAUCGCUCGCUUAAAUCCACUGAUUGACGCCGACCAGGUCCAAUAUCGUGCUGGAGAAGCCAGCCCAAGAAAUGCAGUUUUUGUCGAAUUCUGGAACCAAACUCAGGCUCAAGCUGCAUUUCAGAUGGUAGCUCAUCACCAACCACUACAUAUGGCUCCACGGGUGGUCGGUCUGAGCCCUGACGAGGUGGUGUGGAGAAACCUAGGCAUUACUUGGAGGACACUCGCAAUCCGAAACAUCUUCUCAAUUGCGUUCGUGGUCGCAAUGAUCAUCUUCUGGUCCAUACCGGUCGCUUUUGUGGGUUCUAUAUCACAGAUAUCCUACCUAACUCAAGUUGCCCCUUUCCUCUCGUUCAUCAACGACUGCCCGCAAGUCAUCCUAGGAGUCAUCACAAAUCUAUUACCAGUCAUCAUGUUGUCAAUCCUAAUGUCGCUCGUGCCUGUGGUAAUGAGGAUUAUGGGCAAGAUUGCAGGCAAACCAACUCUCAGCUUGGUGGAAUUACGUUGUCACGAAUCCUUCUUCUGGUUUCAGAUCAUUCAAGUUUUCCUGGUCACCACCCUUACGUCCGCAGCUAGUGCUGCUGUUCCACAGAUCAUUGACAAUCCAGCGUCUUUAACCACGCUACUAGCCCAAAAUAUUCCUUUGGCAUCCAAUUUCUACAUCUCGUACUUCAUCCUCCAGGGGUUGACGUUCUCAUCCGGUCAACUUCUGCGCAUCGUUGGACUCAUCAUCUUCAAUGCUCUUUCAAAAAUACUUGACAAGACACCUCGGAAAAUGUACAAUCGAUGGAGCAGCUUGUCGUCUGUCGGGUGGGGAAGUGUGUUUCCGUUGAUCGAAUUGAUGACUGUGAUUUCCAUCACAUAUGCUCCAAUUGCACCACUCAUGCUAGGAUUUGCUACGUGUGGCCUUUCUCUUUUCUACUUUGCUUACCGAUACAAUCUCCUAUUUGUUGACAGUUCUGUUAUCGACACCAAAGGACUGGUCUAUGCAAAGGCACUUCAACAUACCUUGGUUGGCUGUUACCUCGCCACAAUAUGUCUCAUAGGAUUGUUCGGUAUUCGCGCUGCACCUGGACCGCUCAUUCUCAUGGUUAUAUUACUGGUCGUCAUGGUUCUGUAUCACAUCUCGUUGUCCUCGGCCAUUCAACCUCUACUGCAUUACCUACCACGAUCCUUGGAAUCUGAGGAGGCCGCCCUACUCGAAGCAGAAGAUGGCACACUUGACUCGAAUGCACCAGGAGGUUCGAGUCCUGGUGCCCGCCAUGAAAAGAACGCAGCAGAGGAAUUGAAGCAGACAAAGAAGACGAUUGGACCGGAGGGUAAUACAAAAAUUGGCAUGUUUAAAAAGUUCCUUCGACCAGAUAUUUACUGCUCCUACGCUCAACUCCGCAAAUUGGUUCCACAGGAUUUUGCUGAGAUUAGAUACAGCGCCGAGGUUCAAAGGGAUGCAUACCAGCAUCCAGCGGUCAAUGCUACUGCACCUCUACUCUGGGUUCCUCAUGACCAAAUGGGAGUGUCAAGACAGGAAUGUUUCCACACGAACAAGGUUACCCCCAUGACCGACGAAGGUGCUUACCUCAACGAGAAGGGCAAGAUUGUCUGGAAUGAGGAAGAAACCGAAACACGACCUCCUAUUUUCGAAGAGAAAAUCUACUACUGA